AUGCGCGGUGAAUGGAAUGAAUUACAAACUUUAUUUCUUAAAUAUUGUCCCUAUGCAUAUCAUUUGCAUUGUUGGGCUUAUAAACUACAAUUAGCUUUAGUAGCAACCUCUAGAGAAGCCAAACAUGUUCAUCAAUCUUUUGUCCAUUUGACAUCCAUUAUCAAUAUUGUUAUUGGUUCUUCUAAACGCCAUGAUGAAUUACAAUCUGCUCAAGCUGCUGAAACUGAAAGUUUGAUUACUUCUAAUGAGAUUGAGACUGGGAAAGGGGCAAAUCAAAUUGGCACGCUACAACAAGCUGGAGAUACUAGAUGGGGAUCUCAUUUUCAAUAUGUUUGUAGCUUGAUGAGGAUGUUCAAUGUUAUUUGCUCAAUUAUCAAUACUAUUUCAAAUGAGGGAUCAAAUUAUUCUCAACGUGGUGAUGCUGAAGCGACUUAUAUGGUAUUAACAUCUUUUGAAUUUAUUCUGAUAUUACAUAUGAUGAAAAAAAUCAUGGGAAUCACUAAUGCACUUUGCCAAUCUUUGCAACAAAAUUUUCAAUAUAUUUUGAAUGCCAUGAGCCUAGUUUCAACCACAAAAGUGCUCAUUCAAAAUCUGAGAGAUGAUAAGUGGGAGUCUUUGCUUACUAAUGUUAAAUCAUUUUGUGAAAAACACCAAAUUGAUAUUCCUGAUAUGAAUGACCAGUAUACUAGAGUUCGAGGCAAAUCUCGUCGUCAAGUUGACAAGUCAAUGGAGUAUCAUUUUAGGAUUAAUAUAUUUACUGCUACAAUAGACUUCAAGUUACAAGAAUUGAAUAAUAGAUUUAACGACCAUACAAUGGAACUUCUCAUUCUUAGUGCUGCUUUAAACCCUAAAGGUGCAUACAAAUCAUUUAAAAUUGAUGAUAUAUGCAAAUUGGUUGAGAAGUUUUAUCCACAGGAUUUUACUGAACAAGAAAAAUUUCUUUUGAGAAUUCAAUUGCAGCAUUAUGAGCUUGAUGUACCGAUGCAUUUAGAUUUUCAAUAUAUGUCUACAUUAUUUGAGCUAUGCAGAGGACUAGCAAUUUCAGAAAAGUCGAAGAUUUAUUAUUUGAUUGACAGGUUAAUUCGUCUAAUAUUAACUCUUCCUGUUUCUACUGCUACUACUGAGCGAGCAUUUUCUACCAUGAAACUUAUAAAGACUAGAUUGCAUACUCGAAUGGAAGAUGAGUUUCUUGCAGAUCAUUUGUUAGUUUAUAUUGAGAAAGAAAUUGUCAAAAAUUUCAUUUCAGAGAUGAUAAUAGAUGAAUUUUAUUCCAUAAAAGAUCGUUGUCGAGCUUAA